AACUCUCUGAACACACCACCACCACCACCACGCCAUUAUUCAUUUCGCCUUCACGCAUCUCCAUGAUUAUUCAAUUCAUUUCAUUCCCCCCCAACAAACAAACAAACAAACAAACAAAACAAAAACCCUCUCUCUCGCCCAUCUCAUUUAUUUAUUUACUCACUCACUUACUCAACGGUCAGAUUUCUUGUUUUCCCUCUCCCUGCACUGACUCUGCUGUGUGUGGCUCACUUGUUUUCUUCUCUGCUAUGUAACGUGCCUGUGUCCCCUUCCUUCUCCUUUUCAUGAUUCUGUUUCUGGGUCUAUCUCUGUUUUCUCUUUCCUUUUCUUGUUAUUAUCUCUGUGUUUUUUAUUUUGAUUUCUGGGUCUUUUAAAUCACUACUGGAUGCUCGCCGGAAAAUGUUUCCUCUUCUCGAAGUCUACCGGCUGGCACCAUGACUGGGAGGAUUUGUCAGUUGGGUUUUUUCGUUGUCUACGUAUUAGAACCGUCUUUGUCAUCACUUGUUAUUGUACGUUUUCAUAUGGGCUGCGGAGGAUCCAAGGCCGACAACUCGGCCUUGGUUAAGCUCUGCAAGGAGCGGAAGGAAUAUAUUAAAGCGGCGUCCGACUACCGCUUUGCCCUUGCGGCUGCCCACGUCACCUACUUCCAGUCGCUCCGGGAUGUUGGGGAUGCGAUCCGCCGGUUUGUUGACGAGGAGCUUGUUCUGGGGGACUCGUCUCCGCCUUCUGAUUCUCCGGUCCUGACUUUGCCCCCUGAUGAUUUCAAAUUAUCUUCUAAAAAGAAGCGUAAAGGAGGGGGCGACACCCGUGAUUCUUCUUCCACUUCAAUUUCGCAUUCCAUUGAAGAUAACAGCAGCAAACAUGUGAAACCGGAGAUUGGAGAGAGUGAUCUCGAGGAUUCCCACUUGCAUUUGUCAUCUGGGUCGGCUUCAAUUUUGGGUUCUGGUUCAGGGUCACCUCAUACCCAGACUCAUUUUGAGGAAGAAGAAGCACCAGGGGAACCUUAUAGCAAUGGCUAUCCUUACCCUUAUGCUCCUCAGGAAAAUUUGGGAUACACUUAUCCGGUUCAACAAAAUUGGGGAUUUACUUAUCCUCCUGGAGAGAAUUGGGAAUACCCUUAUCCUCCUCCCGGUAAUCCAACGCCGUCCAUGUAUUACAUGAAGAAAUCUGCAACUCCUUCUCAGUCGUUCGUGUAUCAGGAGCCUGAUAGGUAUCCAGCAUAUGGGAGCUCGGGUUAUUCUCCGUACCCUAAUGGGGGAGGGUUUUCCGGCUACCCUAUGGGCUCGCCUCGAAUGGAUUACGGAGUCGUGCAGAGGAAUUCUCCUCCCGAUCCGCCACCAGCGCCUCCAUCACCACCGCGCGUUUCAACGUGGGAUUUUCUCAAUGUGUUCGAUAGUUAUGAUAUGGCAGGGUACCCGGGUUAUUACCCGCAGGCUAAGUACGGGUAUGGAUCGACGACGAGCAGCCCGGAUUCUAAGGAGGUAAGGUUGAGAGAGGGAAUCCCUGAGCUAGAAGAUGAAACGGAACCGGAAAUGUUGAAAACGAUCCAUAAACAGAAGAAGAAAGUGGAUGAAGAAACGAAUAGUGUGAACAGAAGUAGAAAUUCCGGUGAGGGUACUUCGAGGGCAGUGCCGAUUCAGAAAAAUAGCAGUGAGGAAUCGACUUCGACUUCAAAGUUCUUUUCUUCUGAUCCAUCUUCGACUUGGAACACAAAAGAAGUGUCAUCACACAGCAGUGAGAGUACAGAGUCUGGUCAUAUUAAGGUUGUGAGUAGUAGUAGUGCUGAUACUAUUGUAUCAAAGGGCUCCGGGGAAGAGCAUGCGAAGAAGAAAGGAGUGAAUUUUGAGGUGGAGGAUGUUGAGUCGUCUAAACAUAGUGGCCCAGCUACAUUGUCCGUUCAUGGCACAAGAGACCUGAGGGAGGUUGUGCAGGAGAUAAGAGAUGAGUUUGAGACUGCCACCGGUUAUGGGAAAGAGGUUGCAGUGUUGCUUGAGGUGGGCAGGCUGCCUUAUCAGCGUAGAGGAACUGGGUUUGGAGUAAUAGUUUCCAGGAUCCUAGAUUUAGUCGCACCAAACAUGUUACCAUCAUACUCUUUACCCAGACCAACAGUACGAUUAACUCCUAGAACAAUGAAAAUGGCACAAGACUAUUGUGGCGUACCUGGGCAAGACCUACAAACGUUGCAGGGAAACAUUUCAUCAACUUUGGAGAAGCUUUAUGUCUGGGAGAAGAGACUGUUCAAGGAAGUUAAGGACGAGGAGAGGCUCCGGGUUAUUUAUGAGAAGAAGUGCAAGCAAAUGAGAGCAUUGGAUGACCGAGGAGCAGAGACCAGUAAGAUUGAUGCAAUUCAGGCUUCAAUAAGAAAGUUGCUGACUAAAAUUGAUGUCUGCAUCAAAGCUGUUGAAGUAAUAUCCAGCAGGAUACAUAAGCUAAGGGAUGAAGAACUGCAGCCUCAGCUCACUGAAUUGAUUCAUGGAUUGAGAAGAAUGUGGAAAUCCAUGCUGAGAUGCCAUCAGAAACAGUUUCAAGCUAUUAUGGAGAGCAAACUUCGCUAUCUUAGAGCAAACACUGGCUUUCAAAGAGACUUAGGUUUGAAAGCUACUCUUGAACUUGAGGUGGAACUUCUUGAUUGGUGUUCUCGGUUUAAUAAUUGGAUCACUACACAAAAAGCUUAUGCUGAGUCCUUGAAUGAGUGGCUUAUGAGGUGCCUUAUUCGUGAACAAGAAGUCACUGCUGAUGGAGUUCCUCCUUUCUCCCCAAGCCGGGCCGGAGCUCCACCAAUAUUUGUACUUUGCAAUGAUUGGUUUCAAGCUAUGGAUAGAAUCUCAGAAAAGGACGUGGCAGAUGCAAUGCAGAAAUUUGCUACAAGCUUACGCGAGCUAUGGGAAAGGCAAGAUGAGGAGCAACGUCAGAGGACAAGGGCACAAUACCUCUCAAAGGACUUUGAGACACGGCUUAGAAACCUACGCAUGGAAAGGGAAAGGAUCGAGCAUGAUCAAGAUGCAUUGUCAGAAAAAACUGCAGUUUCCAAGCGUCCCUCAGAAAGUGGAGUUUCACCACUUGAUGAUCUGAAGGUAGAUUUGGAUUCAAUGAGGAAGAAAUUAGAAGAAGAGAGAGCUAGGCAUAAGGAAGCGGUAAAAUUAGUUCAUGAUGCUGCAGCAAGCAGUUUACAAGCAGGUUUGAUCCCAAUCUUUGAAGCCUUGGGCAAUUUUAGUUCAGAGGUUCUGAAAGCUCAUGAACAGGUCAGACUUUAAAUGCCAUCGACUCAUGGGUAACUGCAUCACUCUAUACUCUCCUCAACCAUGCCUGUGAAUAGUUGUCUGAGUGAGAGGUUAGAUUUGCAGAUAAAGAAGGAUACAGUAUGAGCUAUAUGAAGUGGGGUUAGAGGGUUAUGAAGUUACAUGUUUUGAAAUAACCCCUUGAAGGAUAAUACAUACCAUAGGUAGGAAUUUUGUAUAGAAAUUCAUUUAUUGGUUUAUUGUCGGAUGUGUUAGAUGUUAGAUGUAUUGGUCAUUAGUGCACCGUAUGGAAAGGAGGAAAUAGGCAUGACAGUGUAGAUCUUAGAACAACAAAUUUUGAUGAAUGAAUUAUGAUUUUGCUC